GGUGAGGAAAUCAAUUUUUUCUCUCUCUCGCUCUUUCAGUUCUGCAUAUUUAAAAUUGUACAAUAAGAAUGGUAGCUACAAAUAUACAACAAAUAUACAACAACGUAUAUGUCAAUUAGUGUUAGCAGUCACUGGCCCCGCCCACAGCGGAAGUACUCUUACAAAAAUAAAGAGUGCUGCCUGAAGAUGGAGCUCUGCUCGAAUUCUCAUUGGCUCAGCCUCAGGAAGACGCUUGAGAAGACGUGUGACGUCUUUAACAGCUGGGAGAAGUAAAUGAACAAGGUUGGGGGCAAAACAGAAAGUUUUGUGUAUUCGUUUUUUAGAUUACAAUAUGAAAUCGUCAUUUACCACAGUAUUUUAUGCUCUGUUUGUCUCUUAAAUCUCUAAAUUCUAAGGACAGGACUGCUGUCAUGUUAUUGAAUUAUCGACUGAGACAUUUAAAGGUUGACCGUUCAACUGCUAGAGAUUUGCCAUGUUUCUAAUCUCUUACUAUGUGUGUUACUGAUUUACGGCUCUAGCAGUAACAGUGGGAUGUGGAGAAGAGCGGCGGUAAAUGGACCUUGGCUCUCGAUCAGAUUAGUAAACGCGGGUUUUCAUAAGGGCAAAAUGUCUCGUAAGUUGCACGCGAGAAGAAUUGAAGGAAUUGACAAGAAUAUAUGGGUGGAAUUCACUCAGCUGGCUGCUGACUAUAAGGCUGUGAACCUGGGUCAGGGGUUCCCUGAUUUCUCCCCUCCUAGUUUUGUUCAGGAGGCUUUCUGCAAAGCCCUGAAUGGAGGUUUCUCUAUGCACCAGUACACACGUGCUUUUGGCCACCCAAAUCUUGUGAAGAUCCUGGCCAAGUUCUUCAGUAGGAUUGUUGGCCGGGAAAUAGACCCAAUGGAGGAUAUCUUGGUUUCUGUAGGAGCAUAUCAAGCACUUUUCUGUACCUUCCAGGCUCUCAUUGAUGAGGGUGAUGAGGUGAUUAUUGUGGAGCCAUUCUUUGACUGUUAUCAGCCAAUGGUAAUGAUGGCGGGAGGAACAGCUAUAUAUGUGCCCCUUAAACCAAGGGAAGGAUGUGGUCCUGUUCUAUCCAGUGCUGACUGGGUGUUGUCUCCUGAAGAGUUGGCGAGUAAAUUUAGUCCUCGUACCAAAGCCAUUGUCAUUAACACUCCUAAUAACCCUCUUGGCAAGGUCUACCAGCGUAAGGAACUUCAGAUGAUUGCUGACUUGUGCAUUAAACAUGACGUCAUUUGCAUCAGCGACGAGGUGUACGAGUGGCUCACGUAUGAUGGAACAAAACAUGUGAAAAUCGCCAGCCUGCCAGGUAUGUGGGAACGCACUGUCACCAUUGGGAGUGCAGGCAAGACUUUCAGUGCCACAGGAUGGAAGGUGGGUUGGGCAAUGGGACCAGGACAUAUCCUAAAGCACUUAAAAACCGUCCAUCAGAAUUCAGUGUACCACUGUGCCACAGCUGCCCAGGAGGCCGUAGCAGUAGGUUUUCAGAGGGAAUAUGAUGUAUUUGGCACAGAGGAAAGCUAUUUCCACCAGUUACCCAAACAUCUUCAUGAAAAGCGUCUGAGGCUGGCAGAUUGUUUGAAGAGCGUUGGCCUAAAACCUAUACUACCCCAAGGAGGAUACUUCAUGAUCGCAGAUAUCUCAAAUCUUAAUGUUGAUCUUACUGAACCUAGCACUGAAGAUGAACCCUAUGACUACAGAUUUGUGAAAUGGCUCAUAAAAGAGAAGGGACUGGCCACUAUCCCUGUGUCUGCAUUCUACAGCUCGGAACACAGAAAUGAAUUCCAGAAAUACAUCCGAUUCUGUUUCGUUAAGGAGGACUCAACCCUGCAAGCAGCAGAGGACAUACUGAGGCAGUGGAGUGACAGCAAAUGAAAAAUAUUGACAGUACAAGCCUUGGACAGACUAAAAAACUUGAAAAGCAAGAGAUCAUACACAAUAACAAAUCUUAAAUGAGGUUUAUGGUAGUUUGGGAUAUGAAUAUUUUUUUUAAAAGAAAAUUGUUUGUUAUUAGGCUUACAAUUAACUAUAUGGCAGAUGAACAGAUGGUGUUAAUUGCAUCACAAAACAGAGGCAUGAAAAUCUUGCAUGGCAUGUGUGGUUAAAAAUGGAAAUGAGAAUCACUGUUCCCAUGAUAACAAUUAAUAUUAUCUAAUAUUAGUAUCAGUAUAAUUUUAUGCUCAAAACACAUGAGUGGUUGCAAUCUUUUUCAACCGCUUCAGCGUUAUUGUUCUUUGAUUGUAAUGUUCUCUCACUUUUUUUGGUCAUUGUAUUGACACAUAUUUCCUUCCUCUCUGGAUUAUACCUUGAAUUGCAGCACUGCCUGUUAUUACUGGAUCCACUCCAAGUUACGAAUUACAAAUCAAUAGAUUUCAUUUCAUGUUAAACUGUUUUAUUAAUUUGUACAAUGUAAGUGUUAUGUUGAGCCAUUUCCAUAAAAAUAUUGCUAACUACCUCAUAAAUCUGCAUGUAAAUCUAAAUCACUUUAUUUGUGGAUGUUCUAAACACUGUCACCAAUAUUUUUUAUUUUUUUUGCCACAUUUCUGCAGGAGGAAGCAAUAAAGUUUAAUUUUCACACACUGAUAUAUGUUUAAAAUAAUAGACACAAUUAAAAAAUGUUUACAUUUUAUUUCUAUAAUAUAAAAUUAAAGCAUAUAGCCUUUGUUAUUACAGUAGAUCAUUGGGUAAAUGCCAAAAUCCACUGCAACCUAAAAGGAAACAAGGUCAUAGUGGGGACGUGGUUCCAUUUCUUUCUCGUCAAUAAAUUUAUUUGACCCUUUCCAUUAAUAGUAUACAUUAAAAAGUACUUACACUUAGAAUCUGAAUUAUUGAGAGGUAUAUUGCUGAACUUUACACAGAGGUCAUAAACAAUCAACACAAUAACAGCAAAAACUACAGAAGAAAAUGUAUGUUUUGUUAGACUCUCUGUAUAGAAAUUAUACUAUGGAUACAUCUCACAGUGUGACAUUGUUUCUUUUUUUUCACUCUGAUAUUUUAGUUUUUCGUUCAACCUGACAAAUUCUGAUAAUCAAAAAA